AUGAAACACUACUACCGAAAUGACAAGAUGGCACGUCAGCAGCAAGCAGACGUCGACGAACUUUUCGACGUGAAAAAUCACUUUUAUAUUGGUAAUUAUCAGCAAUGUAUCAACGAAGCACAAAAAAUCAAGUCAUCUUCGCCAGAGGUGCUUAUGGAACGAGACGUAUUUCUCUAUCGUGCUUACAUAGCACAGGGAAAAUUUCGCGUUGUGCUAGAUGAGAUUAAUAAUUCUUCUCCUGCUGAUUUACAACCAUUGAAGAUGUUAGCAGACUAUUUUGCGAAUCCUAGUCGUAGGGAAGCAAUUGUCGCCGAAUUGCAAGAAACGACCAAUCGCGCUAAUUACGAUAAUCACAGUUUCUUGAUUGUUGCUGCAACCAUUUAUUAUCACGAAAAAAAUUUAGACGCAGCACUUAGGAUACUACGUGAUGUCGACCAUUUAGAAUGUUUAUCCCUAAUUCUGCAGAUUUACCUAAAAAUGGAUCGUUUGGAUCUUGCAAAAAAAGAAUUAAUAACUAUGCAGGAAAAAGAUGAUGAUGCCACAUUAACCCAGUUAGCACAAGCAUGGCUAAACAUAAGCAGUGGUGGAGAUAAAUUGCAAGAUGCUUAUUAUAUAUUUCAGGAUAUGAUAGAUAAACAUUCCAGUACAAGUAUGUUAUUAAAUGGUCAAGCUACAUGCUUCAUUGGGCAAGCUAAAUAUGAACAAGCUGAAACAGCUUUGCAAGAAUCUCUGGACAAAGAUAGUAAUAAUCCAGAUACCUUGAUCAAUAUGAUUGUUCUUUCUCAGCAUAUGGGAAAGCCACCUGAAGUUGCUAAUCGUUAUUUAAAUCAGUUAAAAUAUUCACACUUAGAACAUCCAUUUGUUAAGGAGUAUUUACAGAAAGAGAUAGAAUUCCAAAGACUCAGAAAGCAAUAUGCUUCAUCUACCUGAACUGUAACAGAUCAUAGCAUUUUCUAAUUUUAAAUUUAAACAAGAAUAUCGAGAACAAUGUAACAAUACAAAUUCUAGAUACAAAGUGCUAUGAGAUUAGAAUGUUACUGCAGGGUA